AUGUGUCAUGAAUGUUUCGAGAAGGAAAAGUCGUUGAAGCAAGAGGAGAGAGAACAUAAAUGCGAUCUCACUGGAUUGUGGUGCUUCUACAAUCCUAACUUUGCUAACUGUGUGAUUGAUGUGCUAUCACAGGAUUGCUUCACUCUUUCGCCGAUUUUGGGCGGAUAUUUGCUUAAGAAGCCAUUGGUCAAUCCUGAAUGCCCAAUCUGUCACGAUGAAUAUUCGAACAAAGACGCUUCUAAGAAAGCUUUUGUUUUCGAUUGCAAUCACAUUGUAUGCACUGAAUGUUAUCAGAAAAGGUUGGCAUACACAGUUGCUUGUCCGACUUGUAACGCAAACAGUCUGGCAACUGGAGAAAAUCGUUGGAAAAAUUGGUUGCAAGAUUUCUUGAACGAAUUGCCUGAAAUGACAUGCCAAUUAGAAGAAAUGAAUAAAUCUGGAUAUCGUUUUUGUGAUGAAUGCAAGAAAUUGGAUAUUGUUGACGAAAUGCAUCAUUGUAAUAAGUGCUCGUUGCAGUUAUGUGGAAACUGUAUUUACAAGAAUCAUCGUUCACACAAGGCAAUCACACUUCUACAAAAAGAGGCUAAUCAAGUCUCAGACGAGUUUCGUGACGUUUCAAUUCUCGUGAUCAAUACCUAUGAGUUGUUGUUUCCGGAUCUUCACAAGGAACUCCGUGGUGAUAUCGAAGGAUUUAAACAGAAACUUUUGGACAAAGAGAGAGCCCUCAGAAAUGUGCCAACUUUUGAGGAUUUGAAGAAGAAACGAGAUAAAUGCACAAAGCUGAAGACGGAUUUCAAGAUGUGCUCAGAGGAAUACAUACCACAUCUACGGAAAUAUGACACAAUAAUCAAAGAACUGAUUCAAAGUCUCGACGAUGUUGAUGAUGACGACGUUAAGGAUUCAAUU